UCUAUGACUGCAGCGACCCGAAAUGAAGUCGUAGAUGAGUGUUUACAUUCACAAAUCGUUUCUGUUUCUGUAGAAACGAAGGUGGACAGACUAUGUGCACCAAAAUAGAAUCGUUCAAAGAACGAUUCUAAAAUUAUUUCCGCAUUUUCAAGCCUUUGACACAGCUUCUGAAGAGACCUAUUUCGUUAUUUCAGGACAUAACCUCAAAUCAUAACGAUGUUCGAUUUCAGUGAUAUUUUAAAUACGGAAUUCACAUAUAUUCCACAAGUUUUAUCUAAAUACUUCGGAAAAUAUUACAGCAACGCUUUAUGUAAUGGAUGUACAUGGUUGUUUUUUAUAUGGUAUAUACUGCACAUAGGACUCGACUAUGCUCUGAACGAAAUUCUCCGUAAAAUGAAGUAUAAAGAAUACAACAGAAUAAGACUGAAAAAUUCACUUUGGUAUCUUGGUUUCUACUGCACACUGUUUAUCCAUACAGGCGAUAGUUUCUUUAGGAGCCGAAUGGAUGUUUUCGGUUUUAGAAAAACGAAUAUAACAACAUACGACGACAUCAACUCCGAUCUAGUCAUGGGCUUCAUGGUUCUCUUUAGUUUUUUUCUUCAUAGCGCUUUCUGGGAAGUGAUGGAAUAUGAUUCUAAAACGCUUUUUUUAUCAUACAUCUUGCUAUGUUGUGUGUUAUUGAUAUCCUUCAUUCUCAGGACACUUGAGGUAGCUUUUACACUGACUGCCUUCAUCAGUAUCGCUCAAGUGUCUGUUCAAUCUGCUAAGCUUCUAUAUGUGGUUACCAAACAGGAUAAUUCUUACUUGAGAAUCAUAAUUGCGGUGUUUUUCGGAAUGGGAGUUUGUUCAUUCUGUUUGAGCUACUUGGUCGGAGUUCCACUUAUAUUCCUGAUUCCGUUCUUUCGGAAGAUAAUCACGGCCCACCUGCCUUCAGGAUUCAUUCCUUUGACUUUAGCGAUUGGCGGAUGGUACCUCAGCGAAAUAGGGAAUUCGCCUCUCUUCAAACUGCUUGGCCAUUGGUUGUUUCACACCGAAAAGACAAACGAAUGUUGUGGCAACAUAGUGGAAUGUUCCCUUUUUCCACCGAGAAAUGAUGUAGCUUACAAUUUGCUUCAGUUGAGGAAAGAAAUCAAAGAGAGGGAAGAAAGGAAACUCUCUUUAAGAAGAUCCUCUAAAAAGGGAGUGUUGGUGCAAACAAUCAAAUGUAUGGUAAGUUUGAAGCGAAAAAUUCACGCGAAAAGAGCCGCGGCACUACAAGAUGGAAUAGAUACAAACGGAAUGGAAAACGGUGAAGAAAUCAACGAGAGCCAAAAAUUGUUGAACACGGACGACGUAGAAAAUAACAUCAAAAUCGAGAAGAAUAUUAUGAACUCUUUCAGAAUGGCGAUGGAAAAAAUUAAGCAAGAAAACGACGGUAUUAAAAGAGACGACGCAAGUUUUGAGCUGGAGAAAGAUUCAUAUGAAAUAGGGGGAACUGAAGGAAUAAUUCCCAAUAAAAUGAACGAUGGUGACGAUUUCGGUGAACUUGUAACAGAAGAGGGGAGUAAUCUACUGUUACAAGCUGAAAAUUCUUUUUAAAAAAAGGUAAUAAUUUAAAAGCUAUCA